AUGGAGGCGCAGUGGCUCGCCGAGUACCCGCACCAGGCCGCCGACAACCGGCCGCGCAAGCGCCCCCGCCUCGCAUGGGAUGCCGCGCCGCAGCUCUUCCCGCCCCCCAAGGCAAUCCCGAUGCUAUAUUGUGGGCAGGAACUAAUCAACGGCAAUUUCACUACUGCUUUCCUGCCGCCACCACCAAUUUAUUAUGCUGGACCACCGCGGAAUCUUUCGCCCCCUUGGAGGCCGGAUGACAAGGAUGGACACUAUGUUUUCACACUCGGCGAGAACCUUACACCAAGAUAUAGGAUACUCAGCAAGAUGGGCGAAGGGACCUUUGGACAAGUUCUGGAAUGCUGGGACUUGGAAAACCAAGAAUCAGUAGCUAUCAAGAUUGUGCGUUCCCUGCAGAAAUACCGGGAGGCUGCUAUGAUUGAAAUUGAUGUGCUUCAGAGACUUGGGAAGCAUGAUUUUACUGGUAGUCGUUGUGUGCAAAUACGGAAUUGGUUUGACUAUCGUAAUCAUAUAUGUAUAGUAUUUGAGAAGCUUGGACCAAGCUUAUACGACUUCCUACGGAAGAAUAACUACCGUUCAUUUGCUAUUGAUCUUGUUCGGGAGUUUGCCAGACAAAUAUUAGAGUCUGUUACAUUUAUGCAUGACCUGCGGCUUAUUCACACAGAUCUUAAGCCAGAGAACAUUCUCCUUGUUUCACCUGAUACAAUCAGGGUUCAUGAUUAUAAGUUUUCUUUUUUCUCCAUGAAGAUUCCUAUACGCCCACCCAAGGAUGGGUCUGUUUUCAAGAACCUUCCAAAAUCGAGUGCUAUCAAGCUUAUCGAUUUUGGAAGUACAACAUUCGAUCAUCAAGAUCACAAUUAUGUCGUGUCAACAAGACAUUACCGUGCCCCAGAAGUUAUCCUUGGUCUUGGGUGGAAUUAUCCAUGCGAUCUUUGGAGUGUGGGAUGCAUUUUGGUUGAGCUCUGCUCGGGGGAGGCUUUAUUUCAAACACAUGAAAAUUUGGAGCAUCUUGCUAUGAUGGAGAAGGUUCUAGGCCCCCUUCCCAAACACAUGAUUGCCAGAGCUGAUAGACGAGCUGAGAAAUACUUCAGGCGUGGACUAAGGCUUGACUGGCCAGAGGGGGCAGCCUCACGAGAAAGCAUGAAGGCAGUAUGGAAAUUGCCUCGUCUGCAGAAUCUGGUCAUGCAACAUGUCGAUCAUUCUGCUGGGGAUCUAAUAGAUCUUCUUCAGGGGCUUCUUCGGUAUGAUCCUGAUGAGCGUCUUAAGGCACGACAAGCUCUUCAACACCCUUUCUUUACCAGAUGCCACAGAAGAUGUGGUUACUGA